CGUCUUCCCGGCGGCUGGGAGCAGGUCGAGCCAGUCUGCAGUCCGUGCGCCUCUCUGGGCAGGGAGCGGAGCCUUCCUCGCAGGCGCGCGCUGCCCGUGUCCCAGCCAGGAUUACUUGACAGCCAGCCGCCCCCCGUGAGGGCGGGACGCGCAGCCCGGCACACAAAGACCUCCCUUUUCUGCCUAGCCCCUGCCGGCAGUUUGGAGACCUGCGCGUGUCCUGCAGUAGGCGGGAAUAGCCGGGAACGGUGUGACUCCUCGGGGAAGCGGCGGGCCUUUUUCCUCUCUCCGUUCGCUUCUUCGCUCCCGCCAAGGCAAUAGCAGUUCGGUCCUCGCUCGCUCAUGGCUCGCGGGAAAGCAAAGGAAGGAGAUGGCAACUGGAAGAAAUUCAUCUGGAACUCGGAGAAGAAGGAAUUCCUGGGGAGGACCGGCGGCAGCUGGUUUAAGAUCCUCCUCUUCUAUGUGAUCUUCUACGGCUGCCUGGCAGGCAUCUUCAUUGGGACCAUUCAAGUCAUGCUGCUCACCAUCAGCGAAUUCCAGCCCAAGUAUCAGGACCGAGUUGCACCCCCAGGACUGACAAAUGUUCCCCAAGUACUUAAAAUGGAGAUUUCUUUCAAUCCUUCUGAACCCAGCACCUACAAGAAAUACACAAAUCUACUUGACCAAUUCCUUGUACCUUAUAAUAUAUCACAGCAGAAAGAUACAGAUAUGGAGUUUGAGUCCUGUGGGGAAAUGCCUUCUGCGUCCAAAGACAGAGGUGCCUAUGACUCCUCUAGAGGCAAGCUACCAUCUUGCAAGUUCAAUCGCGCCUGGCUGGAAAAUUGCUCUGGACUAAAUGACCCUCAUUAUGGCUAUAAAGAUGGAAAGCCCUGUGUCAUCAUCAAGCUCAACAGGAUUCUGGGCUUCAUACCAAAGCCUCCAGCAAAUGAUUCCCUUCCGGCUGACCUACAAGCAAAAUACAAUGCUUAUAUCAUUCCUGUUUACUGCACUGCUAAGAAAGAGGAAGAUCUUGACAAAAUUGGCCCUGUGCAAUACUAUGGCAUGGGUGGCUAUGGCGGAUUUCCUCUACAAUACUACCCGUAUUAUGGCAAGCUCCUCCAGUCCAAGUAUCUCCAGCCCCUUUUGGCCGUGCAGUUCACCAACUUGACCUAUGACGUGGAGUUGCGUAUCGAAUGCAAGGCCUACGCUCAGAACAUCCAUUACAGUGACAAGGAUCGUUUCAUGGGACGUUUUGAUAUGAAAUUUGACAUAAAAAGCAGCUGAUUACAAGCAGAGUUUGUUUCUUCUUUUUCCUCUUAGCCAUUUAAAAAGUAUAUAAAAAAGACAAAAACCUACUAGUCUUGAACAAAACUGUCAUACGUAUGGGACCUACACGUAAUCUAUAUGCUUUACACUAGCUUUCUGCGUUUAACUAGGUUAGAAUGUAAACUUUAAAAAGUGUAGCAAUAGCGACAAAGAUAUUUAUUCUACUGUAAAUUAAAAAAACACAGAAUUGAGCCUUGGGACAUGCCCAUUUCUACUGUAAAUUAUGAUUCCAUAAUUGACUUGUAGUAUGCAGUGUUUCUGCCCCCUAAGUAUUGCUGCCUUGUGAAUUUUAUUUAGUGUACAGUACUAUAGGUGCAUAACUCUGGUCAUUUUUCAAGCCAUGUAUUAUUGUACCUGUUUUCUACUUUCUGUGAGCAACAAUUUGCUGUCCAAGGUGUAAAUACUCAGUGGGACUAAAACUGGCAUGGUACUUUUAAUUGUUAUUAUUUCUUCAUUUUCAAAAAGUAAAGGCCCACCUGUGAGAUUACUCAACAGCACUCCAUUGAGCCUUUUUCCCUGUGGUCUUAGGACUUUAGUGAGGUGGCAGGGAAAAUUAUCUUGACUUUAAAGCAAAGCUAGGGAGAACAGGUGAUUGUGUACUGUGCUUUGUAGUGAAUGGUGUCUUUCCUUUCUCUCUUGUUCCCCUUCUUCCUUCAGUAUGUUCUAAAGUUGUGUGUGAGACCCAAGUCAGCCUGUCACUCUCAUUAGUGAUGGGAAUAAUUAUUUUGCUUUGUAUAUUCUUUUCCUGCUAGAGGCAUCAUAUGCUGUGGUGCUGUCUUUAAUGAAUGUUUUAACCAUUUUCAUGGUGGAAGAAUUUUAUAUUUAUGCAGUUGUACAAUUUUAUUUUUUCUGCAAAAGAAAGUGUAAUGUAUAAAAUAAACCAAAGCCACAUGUUUGAAAAUAAAUCUUUAUUUUAAACUUUAUGAGAAGCAAUGCAGUUACCCCAUCAACUGGUGUUAAAUGUUGUCUAAAGUGCAAAACUCUAUGUUCUAACAUAUGUAAUAGCCAGGAGUACAGUGCUCUUGUUGAUCUUGUAUUUCAGUCAGGUUAAAACAUUGGACAAUAAAUGAAUAAAUACACAUCGCCCA